AUGGCCAAACAAGGCCUGGUCUCCUUUACCGCCCAUCUCGAUGAACUCAUCUGGACGUCGAUUCUGGGAUGGCCCCGGUUCUGGUGCGCCCUUUACUUUGCCAUCUUUAGGGUUCUUAAUGAAAACCUUGACUGGUUCUUGGUCUGGGCCUGCAGGUACACGUGUGACUUGAACAGAGUUGAUCGAGGAGAGCAAUGUCCUCUCCCGGACAAUGCCACGUCUGUUUACUUCAAGACCGGCGAAACCGCCGACGAGACCAUCCGUGCUGUCGUGAACAGAGGGUGGCGCUUGCGUCAUCCAUGGAUCCUCAAGAAUGACGACUGUGUCGUUACCCUUAUGCUCGGCAAAUAUGAGGCAGUGUCGAUUCGAGACGAUGGGGUCGUCAACCACAAUAUCUGGGAGACCCGUCGGGAAUUCAGAGAUGCCGCAAGGCAGCGGAUGGAGCACCUACCGCAUUCCGGAUGCCGUCCGAUCAAGUAA